UUCUUAUCUGGAGGCUAAGCGUUUUUGGCACAUUUUUCUAGCACACAGGUGUGAUUCUUCAUCCUGACACAACAUCGUAAAUCAACAGGCACAGGAACUCCUUGGACCCACAGUCACUCGGGUUACAGUCACACACGCCGUGUAAAACACUGAUCUGAAUUCACCCAACAUAACACAGAAGCCACCUUCUCUCUAGCCCGGACCGUCCGGUGUUCUCCUCGGCUCACUGCGCUGACUCUACAGAAGGAAAUCAUCGGGGGAGUGUAGGAAGGCGGUUUUUUUGCAUUUUCCCCCAAGGAAACUCAAGCAGUUACAACCCGGCUCCUGGUUGUCAGCGAUCCCCACUGUCUCCUUAACUUCUUCGACAUACGGCUUUGGGAACAGAAGAGGGGACAGGGAAUCGUGGUCGUGCGUUUCUCUCCGUGAGACCGACGUAUUUCCAAACGUCUUGACGCGCGUUUUUCUCAGUGAAGCAACCCGGACAGAGCGACUUUCUGCAUAAAAGAGGACUGUUUCACACCUAAAAGUGCCACAAACGGCGAUGAGAAGUUUGUGAAAACAGCACUGACCGUGAAUCCCACUAGACAGCGUAUUGCAUUGAAGAGGAGACAGUUCCCCACUUGAGGGCGAAAUCAGACUUUUUUGAGGACGCCAAGUUUGAAAAGUGCCAGGAGCCCCGGGGUCUGUCAGACACAACAUGCAGCAAUGUCCAAGAAGGCAGAGUUGGAUGUGAGAAGCAGUGAGUGUGACACAGUCCCACCAGAGCCCAGCACAGACCCACAGCCACCCAGGUCACCUCCAGCUAAAGCUAACGGACCCAACAGCACCACUGGCGUUUGCACGAGCCACCCCUCCAGCAGCCACAGCGGCAGCGGCAACAGAAGCGGUCUGGGUGGCAUUAGUAUCGUUAGCAGCAGCGCUGAGGGAGCAGGCGAAAGCUCCAUGCAGUUCAGCACCAGACCGCCUAGUGCUGAGCAGCCAGGCUUCAUGGGGACAUGGCAGCAGCAGAGCACUGACAGCAACCUCCUCUACAGAAUGUCCCAGCAGGGUGCUGUAACGCGGCUUCCUUUGAAGUGCGACAGGUCGACUAUGGGCCGAGACCUGGAAGAGGCCAUUCGCUGCACACUGGUGAACUGCACGUGCGAAUGCUUCCAGCCAGGCAAGAUUCACCUACGGACAUGUGACCAGUGCAAACAUGGCUGGGUAGCUCACGCUCUGGACAAGCUCAGCACCCAGCACCUCUACCACCCGACCCAGGUGGAGAUCGUUCAGUCCAACGUGGUGUUCGACAUCAGCAGCCUGAUGCUGUAUGGCACCCAGGCUGUACCCGUCAGGCUCAAGAUCCUUCUCGACCGCCUCUUCUCUGUGCUCAAGCAGGAAGAGGUGCUGCACAUCCUGCACGGCCUGGGUUGGACCCUCCGAGACUAUGUCAGGGGCUACAUACUGCAGGAUGCUGCAGGCAAGGUGCUGGACCGCUGGACCAUCAUGUCCCGAGAAGAGGAGAUAAUCACCCUGCAGCAGUUCCUGCGCUUUGGUGAGACCAAGUCUAUUGUGGAGCUCAUGGCCAUUCAGGAGAAGGAAGGUCAGGCAGUUACAGUUCCCUCCUCCAAGACAGACUCCGGGAUUAGGACAUUCAUUGAAAGCAACAACAGGACCCGCAGCCCAGGACUCCUGACACAUAUGGAAAACAGUAGUCCAUCAAGCAUUCAUCAUUUUGAGAAUAUCCCCAACAGCUUAGCUUUUCUCCUGCCUUUCCAGUACAUCAACCCAGUCUCUGCCCCCAUGCUUGGCUUGCCCCCCAAUGGCCUGCCUAUGGAGCAGUCGGCUCUCCGACUACGGGAGCCCAACCUGCCAAGCCAAGGUGACCAGGUAGAAACCAGUGAGUCAGACGUUUCCCUCUCACCCUUCCGAACAGGUCAAAGCCCUAACCGUGGAACACUGGGGACCAUUAACAACAACAUUGAACCCAAAACAGAGCCCAGCAACAGGGAGUCACCUAUUUCACCAACCCCUUCCACUCAGCAGGCUCAACAACAACAGCAACAGCAGACACAGCUCCAGCAGCAGCAGCAGGGCCAAAAGCAGUCCCCAAAUCAACCUCAGCAGCCAAACAGCUUGAAUGAACAUCCAGUUCACCACCACUUUGUAAAGGACGAGCAGUCUAAAACCAUCUCGCAUCCGUCCUUUUCCUCCAAAAUGCAUCGGAUGCGCCGCAUGGGAGCCACCUCACGAAAGGGUCGUGUGUGCUGCAAUUCUUGUGGCAAAACCUUUUAUGACAAAGGCACACUUAAAAUACAUUAUAAUGCUGUACACUUGAAAAUUAAGCACCGUUGCACCAUUGAGGGCUGCAAUAUGGUCUUCAGCUCACUACGCAGUCGCAACCGUCACAGUGCCAAUCCUAAUCCACGGUUGCAUAUGCCCAUGCUUCGCAAUAACCGUGACAAGGACCUCAUUCGUGCCAAUUCAACUACUGGCACGCCUGUCAUUUCAAGCACCAAGAAUGGUGGCUUCACACUCACCAGUCCAGGAAGGCCACCACUGGGCUUCACAACUCCACCGGUGGACCCUAUGCUUCAGUCUCCUCUGCAAAGUUCACUGGUGUUCCCCUCCCUGAAGUCUGUGCAGCCAGUACAGCCAGUACCCCCAUUCUACCGUACACUCCUGUCUCCUGCAGACCUUGUCAGUCCACCAGUGUCACUGCCCACCAGCCCCAUUCUGCCCACUACCACCAACAGUACCACCCUGAUGGACCAACAACAGCAGAUCCUGGCUGCAGCCGUGGCUUCACACAAUAAUGUUCAUGUGUCAGAGUCAGGGCCCAUGUCCCAUCGCCUACCUACACCUAGUGUCAGUCAGGACUGUACCAUUGGGAGCAGUGACCCUAUGCCCAAAAAGAAGCCUCGUAAAUCCAGCAUGCCAGUGAAGAUUGAGAAAGAAGUGAUUGAUGUGGCGGAUGACUAUGAAGACAAAGAUGAGGAUGACAAUGAUAAUAUCCACCAUAAUCACCACCAUCACCAGUCAUCCCUGCUUCACAACAAUAUCAAAAUUAAUGGAAAUUGUAACAGCAACAACAACUGUGGUAAUGGUACUGGGAACCACAGUAGUGGUAGCGGACAGCAAUCCCCUUCCCAGGAUGAGAUGAGCCCUGGCUUAGUUCUGAGAGGUAUGGUGAGGCAGAGUGAAGAUGAAUGCCAGGAAGGAAAUGGCGGUGACUGCAGGGGUGGAAAUGAUCUUCGAAGCUCUGGCGAGCUACGUUGCAUGGACAGCUUCACCUCAGAGGACCAGGACCAUGAGAGAGACUUUGAGAAUGAGUCUGAAACCUCUGACUCCAAGAUAUUCUACCGUGAUGAUCUGAUGGAUGUGGAGGAACAGCAAAAACACAGCAGGGGUGGAAGGGGUCUGGACAAGGAACGGGAUGAUGAGGGUGGUGAGGAGGCCCAUUUGCGAAAAGAAAUGGAAGGUAAAGGCCACUCCACUCCCUCCCCUCAUCAGCCCUCUAUCAAGAUCAAGGAAGAACUCAAUGAUCCUACUUAUGACAUGUUCUGCAUGGGCCAGUAGGGCCUUUACAAUGGAGGCAUGGCAGCGGCCGCUGCUGCUGCUGCAAGCAUGGCUGCUCUACAUGAGAGUUUCAUCUCUUCAAUGGGCUAUGGUGCCAGCCCACCCAAAUUCCCUUUGUCUCAAUCACCAGAGGGAGACACUUGCUCAAGUCCUGACCCCAAGAUCUGCUAUGUGUGUAAGAAGAGCUUCAAGAGCUCCUACAGCAUGAAACUGCACUACAAGAAUGUGCACCUCAAAGAGAUGCAUGUGUGCACGGUGGCUGGCUGCAACGCUGCCUUCCCUUCCCGGCGGAGCCGAGACAGGCACAGCUCCAACAUCAACCUGCACCGGAAACUGCUGACCAAAGAGCUGGACGACAUUGUCCUGGACCCCCAACUCAUGCCACUGCCCAAGGACCUGCGAGCCGAGUUACUGGCCAAGAUCUAUGCUGGGCACCACAUGGGCUUGGACCCUAUCGCUGGAAUGGGCAUUGGAGGCGCCAGCCUCGGGCCCACCGGUCUGAACCACGAUGCUCAAUCCCCCAUGAGCCAUGAGUAUCCCCACCACCCUUUCAACCAAGACCUUAAAAAUCACUACAUCAACGGCUUCUCUCGGAGUCAACCAGAAGACUAUAUGGUGUUGGACCUGAGUACCACAUCCAGUGUUCAAUCCAGCAGCAGUGUCCACUCCUCACACGAGUCAGAUGAGGUCAGCGAUGAAGGCAUCCUAUUGGAUGACCUGGAGGAGGAGGAGGGACAAGAGGAUGAGGAGGAGGGCAACAGUGAUGGGGAGGACUGCUCCCAACGUGUCGAGGGGCGAGCUCAACGGGGCCAUCGGGAUGAGACUGGAGAACUAAGAGGAGAAGGACAUGGUGAGGGGUUGGAUUCUUACUCCUCACCAUUCCUCCUUUCGUCCACCGGGGGCAGUAACGGUGGCAGCAAUGGAAUUCUCUGCAGCAUCUGCCGCAAAAUGUACAGCAACAAAGGGACCCUGCGUGUGCACUACAAGACUGUGCACCUGCGUGAGAUGCACAAAUGCAAAAUUCCUAGUUGCAACAUGGUAUUCAGCUCUGUGCGCAGCCGUAACCGACACUCUCAGAACCCCAACCUCCAUAAAAACAUGCCCUUUGUUACAAUAGACUGAAUACCGACUUGCUACUUUACCCUCCUGUCAGUCUGCUCACUCCUCCCUUCAUUCCUCACCCUUAUUCCUCCUCAAAUUAGCUUUUAACCCCAGCCCAGGGCCAUCAAAUGCAAGCUAAAUGCUUGUGUGCCUCCUGCCCAUCCUCUGUAAGUCACUACAAGAUGUUUCUGUGUCCCUCUGUAAAAUUCAUUGACUCUAAAAACUGUUUAUUAUUGUGACAUUUAACUUUUCUUUCUUUGGAAGAACAGGAUGACAUGAUUGAGCAUGGAGUUUGCUUUAUAACACAACUCCAGUUGUUUUUUUUAUAUAAGGCCCUCCAUUUCCUUUCAACCUUCUCCCCAGUUCGUUUUUAUGUCUGUCUCUAAAGAAUCUAUUCAAACUCUUAUUUGUAACUUUGCCUGCAGAAAUGAUAGUAUUGGGGAAAAAAAGAAAAUCUUCUUGUUGUAUUUGUGCAAUGAUUGCUUUUAAAUGAACCCCCUUACAAAAGCAUGACAGCUUCAUUUGUAAAUAAUGUUCCAAGAGGCUUUCGGUGUAAGAGUUGUGUUGAUGGCUGUUUGCUUUUUUUCUCUUUUUUAUGGUUUUAUGUUACAGUCCAGUACAAUACUUCCAGAUAUAGGCAAGAAAGAGGUAGCAUCUCACUAGCUUGGCUCAUUUAUGUUAGCUUCAAAGACACGUUUUAAACUGAGUCUUAGGGGAAAAAAGAACACCAUGUGACUUGUUUUAAUCUACUUGUUAGAUAUUCAGAGGUUGCCGGCAUGCUUUUUAGGCUCCUACACUGAUAACAUUCUCUGUAUUUCUAUUGAUUUUUUUUUUUUGUCUGUUAUGUUUAUGAGCUUUAGUAUGCCAAUUCGGUUUUUGCACUUCAAGGGGAUGUGUAAUAUUAUAAUGAGGUCUUUUGCAAUGGUGAGUUUAGAUGUUGUUUGGGGUUAUUGAUAGCUAGAAGUGUCAAAGGAAAUGACAGUACUUUUAACAUACUUGUGCCAGUUUCUUUUUGCACGUGCACAGUUUCAAAAAAGUUUCAAAACAGAAAACAUCCCUCAAGAAAAUCUGAGAUACUUCCCCCCUCUCUCUCUCAAAAAAAAAAACAUAUUGAGAAAGUGUCUCCAGUGUCUUGUUUCAGCACAAAUCAGGUGUGACUGAAUAUAAACUGCUGUUUUACAAACACAAAUCAGUUAAACAUUAAGUCUUGUGUACGAUUACCAGCUGUUUACUAGGGUCCGACAUUACUUUGAAUUGGUCAAAGUUAUCAAAGCAAUAACUCGUUUGUUCUCCCAUAAGGCGUCUUAAUGAAGCAUGACUGUCCCAUAGGUAUGAAACUGGAGAAAAAAAUGAUCGGAAUAGUUCUUCAACUGUGACCAAAACAAAAGUGUUAAGAAAAGCUCUUUCUGUGUGACACUGUGCUUAAACCAUGCCCCAUUGAAUUAACAUCAUGCACUUGAGUCUUAAAUCUUUUGCUAUGAUAUUUUCAGUAUCGCUCUCCAUUGCUGAGUGUCAGUUACAAAUGUGCUCUAUAAAAAAAUGUUGCCAUUUUCCUGGCUGUUGGUUGCAGCCAUUUUUACAUGUCCAUGACUGUCUUACGGUACAAAUAUUUCCAGUUACUAGGCAGAGUAGCCAGGGGGUAGGGGUAUUUAUUGGUGGGUGAUCUAUCUUCAUGGAGAUGUUUCUGUCCAGCUUAAGAAUAUUUUUUGUAAAAAAAACAAAACGAAAAAUAGAGAUUGUUCCUCAGUUUGACUUGUUUCUGGAUGUAUUAGCAAUGCCAUAUGUUACUAUACAAGGAGAUCUUCUCUUAUUGACUGGUGCUACACACAGAGGGAAAAAUAUGCAGUGCUAUGUGGUGUACUGUACAGUAUUCACAACAUCUUACAACCAUAACAGUGCUGAGUUCCAUUUGUUUCAUACUUAAGCCAUUUUGCAAUAUAGACAUGACCUAUUCUAGGGAAAUAUUUCAUGUCUUUUUUUAAGACUCCAUGUAUAUGACACAUGCAGUUUUCAGUCCUCUCUUCUCUGAGAUAAAGACAGUGAGACAGACAGCUGAGGCUGAUGGAAAGGUUGCGGAGGUGGAGGGCUGACUAGGGAGGAAAGGAUGACAGCAAGGAUCAUUAAAAAUGUGCUGCUUCUCCAUUACCUGGAGGCGUCCCUGCCUUUCCAGCUCCUUCUGUCUAAUAAUUCACUUGUCACUUCGUUACACUGCCUGACACCAAUGUUGCUGACAAGACUGUGACACAGACAGAAAGAGAAAAAGAGAGCGUGUGCUCUGAACAAUUCAAUUUGACUCGUUCAAUUUAGCUGAAUUCAAUUCAUCCGUCCAAUUUCAAUGUGUGCUUAUUCUUAUUCGGGUUCACUGGUAAUUCAAUUCAAUUCAGCUCCUUUCUCUCAUUCUGUUUUUCUUUAUGACUGUCAGACGAGAGUCAUUUAACAACCGCCUUACCCAUUUCUUCAACCCGCCACUCACUUACCACCUCUACACCCCACAGCGCAGGUCCUACAGGGACACACACUAAUAGUGUAUGCUUAAGUUCACCAGACGGCCGUGGCAUAGGAAGAAGGGAUGGGUAAUUGCCUGUUUAUCCCAAGUGAAGGGAAUAUUGAGUACAGGAACCCCUGCCUUCUCCCAGGAGUGAGUUUCACUGAGGCGCUUGCUGCCUCAUUCACUCAUUCAAUUCCUUCAGACCUCACUCUGGCAGAAAUAAAAAAGUGCCACUCCAGGAACCCCGCUGACAGCAGUCUCUCUAACACACAACCAUAUAAACACACACAUGCACACAGAGGAGAGUGGCACACACUCUACUUAAUGGCCAGAAGGAUGACAGGAACUAGAUGACUUGUUAACCUCUAGCACUGGAGGAGACAGGAGCAGAGAAAAACAGAGUAUUCUCACCACAGGAAAUGAAACACUCCAUCUUGCAUCAACAUUACAGCAUCUGCCCCUAUUUAGAAAGCUAAGAUUCGAUUAUGGAAAAUGGUGCGAGCUAGUACUGAGUGAGGCAAAGUUCACAAAUUAUUUCACUUUAAAUAUUUCAGCAUGUUAAACAGCUAAUGAUGAGACAUUUACCUAAGAGGACAGUGAUUAAACGAAGAAAAUGUAUUAACAAGGCUGGUAACCUCACAAAUGGAACUGAACUCUCUAGAAUUAAGAGAGCUGUAUGCACCUAACAUAUCAAAGGUUAUCUUCAUAUAAAUGUGCUGUUGCCCUUCUUGAGUUGAGAAAAUCAACGUUUUCAGACUUUACACAUUCCUUAAGUCCCGUUCUUUGUUGUCUCAUUCGGCAGCCGCAGUGCAUUGCCUCUCUAUCUACAUGUAGGUACUUGUGUGCGCCGCACAGACAACCGAGUAGCACAGAUGAUAUUUUCUUUCAACACCCUUCUCCCACUGCGUAUGGGCUCCUGUUGAGUCCUGCCAGCUGAGCUAGGAGCUGGAGGAGGCUGGAAACAGAGCUGAGAAAACAUGCAACCGACUCCAGCAUAAGCAAAGAUGGACGGUGAGAGAAAAGGCCCUUUUUAUAGAGCGGUUGCAACAAAGUGCAGGCGCUUUGACCCUUCUUCAAUGUGGCUAUUUUGAUUUAAGCCCCUUUUACACUAAACCCAGUAAUGCCGGCAAACUAUAACUCCUGUGUUCUUUUUACACAGAGACCGAAAACCUUGUAUUAGAGGUAUGACGUUUAAUGUGACAGCCUAAACUACAGAGUAUCACAGUAAUGAGUCCUAAAACCUGGAACUGAACUGGCACCUCACCCUGAAGUUUGUGGGUUUUUUGAAUGGGUUUUGUGUUAGAUGCCUGCAAUUUUGUUCUAUGAAAUAAAAUACAAUAGUAAAUAUCCCACUCAUGAUUUCAAUACUUUGACAUGUCUUAAAAAGGUGGUUGCUAACAAGUGUCCAAACGAAAAUAGAGGCUGUCUGGACUUUUACACAUCAUCAUGGAGACUCAUCUACUCACUAGUCCACCUUUACAGACUUGUUAAUUUUAAACUCAUGCACUUGCAACCUAUUCUAACUAACUGAUACAGCAAUAACCAGUAGCUAGAUCAGGUCACGCUAAGAGGAAAGGAUUUUGUAGAAGAGAUACUUAAGUGCUAUAAAUCACAUUACAAGUUGAAAGUCGUGGUGGGGACGCUGAAGCUAUGAGACUGUGGUGUAGUUUGUUUAUAGCCUAACAGCUUUUUACUUCUGGUGAUCGUAUUUGGGCUUCAAAAAAUGUUGAGGGAACCAGGGUGAUGCCAAUUUCCAGGUUGGCCUUCAAAAAAAUCAUCAUCCCUAUGGCACUCUAUAACCAUGCAUCGGAAACACAAAGCAUACUGGUAACGUUGCUGCCACCAUAUCACCAGUGGCAGAUGAACAGAGUAGGAAUGUGCUUUUGCUUGGACACAACAUUUACAACAUGAUUCGGACUCAAAGUUGUUGUGCAUAAUGUACAAUGCAUUAAUGAUUAUGGUCACGAAUUCAGUUUUUUGUGAACAAAUUUAAAUCCACCGGCAGCUUGUCACAAAAACAUUCAUCCAUCCACCAGUAUACCCCUUAUCCUGCAGUCACGGGAUCAACACUGCUUCAAAACUUCAGACCCCUCUGCCCACAACCCUCAUUCCAUUUAUACAGGAGGCGAGGUGAACGCAUCUUGGCAAAAAUACUUCCUCUCCGGUGGCAUUUUGGAGGGUUAACGUUGACUCCCCCACCCCCCACAAUGCUGGCACUGUACCUUAACGAGGGGGGAAACUGGUGAAAAAUUCACGCCUUGUAUAAACGGCUAGAGAGAGAGAGAAGGGACAGAUGGAGGCAAGGAACUGGGCUUAGGAAGAGGUCUGGCUGGAGCCUUGCGGCAGCCACUUAGUGCUGGGGAGAAAAAAAUAUCAGCAGGGCCAGGCCUCACCAGGACGCCUCGCCAGCUUCUUGUUGAUUGCCUGCUAGAGAGCAGGUCACCCCUUUCCACCAGUAUCCCCUACGCUCUGUUAUCCUUUGAUAAAGAAGCACCAAUUCAAUCUUUAUUUCUCUUAUUUUUCCAACCACGUGGGCCCAGGUGCAGUCUACUACCUACUGUAGCGCCCGAGGUGUGACACUGCAGGAGCACGUCUCUUAGAGCACCUCACUGUGCCAGACCACUCGACUGAAUCUUUAAUAUUUGAUUAGACUGCAUCAGGCAUCAAUUAUUCUGUAAUUCUACAUGGAGCACAGAGGGAGAAAGAAGUGGCAAACGGCUGAACUGGCUGACCUGUAAAUCACUGUCCAUUUUGUUCAUGUCACUGAGUGAGUGAAUGAGCAUAAGUGGAGAGAAUGGGAGGUGACACUGCAUGCACACUGUCCAGGUAAUGUAGCUCAUGGAACAAAGUGGGAUUGAAAUGCUUGAUGGGACAUCAUAAGAAAUAUGCAGAUAGAUAAAAAAUCCUUGUGUUUGUAUAGAUGCUUCAGUGUCAUCCAUCAUGUUCUAAAAGUACCCUCAUUAAUUUGAACUGGAACCUGUGAAAUAUCAAUGAUCCUGAAAACAUACUGUAAAUUCAUAAAAUGUUUUCCAUUGUGCCAACCAUAUUUUACAGUCUUAAAGUAUAAAUAAGCUUGAAGACCUGGUGAAUUUAGAUUUUUGUUUUGACUUGUGUUUUGUGUAUUCACUGCAUUUGUGUCUUAAAAUGUCUGUGUUGCGGCACCGGCUCUCGACAGCGUUGCAUGGCUACAUAGUCGGACUGCAAAGAACAAACAAAGCUGAGGAGCUUGUAUUACUUUGGUGUCAAAAUGGUGAUUUGGAAGCCUCAUGAAUACUGUAUGUUACCUAAACAGGUGUUUCCCUUUUGCAGACAGGAGGUAAAAAGUGGUCCUCUUUUUAAAAGACUCUUGUUCUUUUGUCCCUUUCUUUCUUUUUGCCUUUCUUGAAUUUGUUUCUGUAUCAUAACUGUCUAUGAUUUUGCAUAAAAUGCAUAAGGGUUUUGGGAUGUAAAUGGAAUUUUAUUCAUAUUUUGUCCAAAUACCU